AUGGCGAACCAAAAAUUCAACUGUGGAUCAUUAUCCCCGGAGAGAAAUAAUACCCGGCGCCGGAAAUUUGGAGCCAAUUUAUACUCUGAUCCGGAAGACAAUAAUGAUUUCUCUUCACCUCGAAACAGCACCGCUUCUGCCACCUCCGCUGCCAACACCAUGUCGUCAACUCCGACGAACAGCGCCAAUUCUUCUCCAUACAUAUCUCCAUGGAACCAAUCCUCCCCUUAUACAAAAUCGCCGUCGAUAGAUACAAUACAUAAUCAAUGCACAAACUUGCACAAACACGGACUUAUCGGAUCCCUGGUACGAGAAGAAUGCCAUAUCUAUUCAUUAGCAGCCUCCGGGGACUUGCUGUACACAGGAUCCGACAACAAGAAUAUUCGGGUCUGGAAAAACUUGAAGGAAUUUUCCGGUUUUAAAACGAACAGUGGAUUAGUUAAAGCAAUUGUUGUGUUGGGUGAUAAGAUUUUCACGGGUCAUCAAGAUGGAAAAAUUCGAGUUUGGAGAUACUUAGGUCGAAAAGCAUAUAAGCGCAUUGGAAAUUUGCCGACCACCGGAGAUUAUUUGAAGAAAUCUAUGAACCCGAAAAACAACGUUGAAGUACGAAGAAAGCGGAAUGUUCCAUGGAUCAAGCAUUUCGAUGCAGUCUCGAGUAUGAGUGUUGAUGUUGAUCAAGGGUUGUUGUAUUCAGGUUCUUGGGAUAAAACCCUAAAAGUAUGGAGAAUUUCCGAUUCGAAAUGCUUGGAAUCUAUUACAGCCCAUGAUGAUGCGGUUAACUCGGUGGUGGUGGCGUUUGACAGGCUGGUGUUCACCGGCUCUGCUGAUGGGACGGUGAAGGCGUGGAGGAGGGAGCUGGUGGGGAGGAACACAAAACAUGUACUGGUGGAGACACUGUUAAAGCAAGAAAACGCUAUAACGUCGUUGGCGGUGAAUGCCACGGCGGCGGUGCUGUACGCUGGGUCCUCUGACGGGUUGGUGAAUUUCUGGGAGAGGGAAGAGCAUUUUAUGUCAUACGGCGGCGUGCUGAGGGGUCAUAAACUGGCGGUGCUGUGUUUGGCUGUCGGUGGGAACUUGGUGUUGAGCGGCUCCGCCGAUAAAAGCAUUUGCAUAUGGCGGUUGGAAGAGGGUGGCAUUCACAUCUGUUUAGCUGUGCUGACUGGGCACACCGGGCCGGUCAAGUGCUUGGCGGUGCAGAAGGACCACCAUGAGGAGGAGGAGCAGAAAGGUGACCAGAACUGGAUAGUGUACAGUGGAAGCUUGGACAAAUCUGUAAAGGUUUGGAGAAUUUCAGAGCACGCGCCCAAGUUGAAGGGGUUGCAAGAUCCGUGA